CGCGAGUGUUUUCCGCCAGGAAUAAAUCAAAAGACUAACAUGAACUCCCUCCGACAUCCGAUAUUGCUGAAAUGCCCAACCACUUUUCGGCCAAUCCUUGCGGCGCGAUUUUAUGCAACACAGACUGGUCUAGGAACAACAAGCACUACUCCUCGGCCAAAAAGAAAAACAGUAACACCAUUUAACGAUGACGGCAGAGUCGCAUGGGGAGAGCUCUCGACGGGGGAAAAAGCAGCAAGGACGACUCAGCAAACAUUCAAUUUCAGCUUCAUUCUUCUCGGAGCCGUUUUAACAGGAGGCGUAGCGUAUGUCAUGUACACGGAGGUUUUCUCUCUCGAUAGCAAAACUGUACACUUCAACAAAGCUGUGAACAAAGUCAAGAAGGACGCAAGAUGUACGGACCUGCUUGGAGACAGCAAGAAGAUUACUGCCUAUGGAGAGCCAACAUGGAACAAGUGGGCUAGAGCCAGACCGAUAGCAUCUACUACACGAAAGGACCAAUAUGGCAGAGAGCAUUUGAUCAUGCAUUUCAAUGUGGAAGGACCUUUGAAUAAGGGCGUCGUCAACUUGCACAAGGUUAAGCCGUCGACGGAAAGCGAAUCUGGAGGAGAAUAUGUCUACAAGUAUCUCACACUGGACGUCAAGGGCCACCAGAGGAUAUACCUCGAGAACGCCGAUGCUGCACUCGACAGUCCGGCCAAGAGCAAAGGGAAACUUUUCGGAAUUUCCUGGCGAUGAAGGCCAAUGUGCAGGUCGAAGUGUGCCUCAGCGCCUCGCUAGUUUUCGUGGCAUCAAAAAACAGAUCAAAAUCCCAGCGGACCAAGGUUGACAGCUUAUCGUCUCCACAUUUCCUAGAUGAAGAGCUUGGUAGUUCCGGACGUCUCUGGGCGGUAAGACCCUACAUAGAUGUCAAGCUCAGGUGCGACAAGAGAAAGAAGUUGAUGCACUGGCGUCAGUUUUAGAAGCCGAUUGGCCAAGCAGCUUCUGUGACGGGAGAAAAUCGCGCUACCUUGGAGAUAGGAACACUUGCAGCGAUGUGCCUCUGAUGCUUUACAGAGCGUUACGUUGCUAGACUUCUUUAUCCCAAAACUUGAUGGCGGCAUUCAUAAAUAUCUAGAUACCCAUUGUCAUUCUCUUGAUAGCUUCGCAGCCAUUUACAUUCUCAUCUGCUGACAGUGACACAAGAUACGCAUGGGUUGAGACUAGCUUUCCAAUCAUUCAACGUUGAUGUCUCGCCCCCAAACAAUAUGCGCUGGGGUCCGGCCAGGCCAGGCGUGGGGGCUUCUGUUUGUUUGGAGGGUUGAGCGGUUGGCAGCAGUUGAUGCUUGGAGGUUCAGGACAGGCGCUCCCGUGAUAUGCCUGAUACGUUUCAGGUGGCUGCCAGACACAUCUUUUCUUUAUCAAACUUGCCGCCUGCAGUUCUGCAGGAGGCCAUUUCUAUCGACCUCCUUGGAGACGACUGAUACGUGUACAGCCCCACUGCAAUGCCACACCAUCUCAAUCCUCUCCUAUACAUAUGCUGUUCUGUCCUUCUAAACAUUCUAUUGUACUCACAGUUUGCUUGACUACACUAUGCCGAUCAACGUUGUGUACAACGGUAAAGGAGGAAAGGGUGAUCUGGAGCCUGCUUUAGAUAUCAUCGCCAUUCAUGGCUUGAACCCUUACAACAACCGAGACCAUGGUUUCGAAACCUGGCGCAAAGAUGGGCACCUCUGGCUCGAAGAAUACCUUCCGAAAGAAUUCGAACGUGCACGUAUAAUGCUGUACACAUACAACUCGAGUCCUGUAUUUGAGUCAAACAAUACCACGUUCAGCAAUGAGGCGUCAAUACUUCUCGAGUACCUGUGGACAGAGAGAUACGAGUGCUCUCGCAGACCUCUCAUACUCAUCGGUCACAGCCUCGGGGGGAUUCUCAUCAAGCAGAGCCUUGUGAACGCAGCUAUAAACCCCAAACAUCGUGACAUUCUUGACUCGACUUUCGCUUUGGUGUUCAUGGGCACACCACACUGUGGACCAGCUGCUAGACUUAAGAUCUCGUUUGGGCGCUUGUGUGCCAACAUUGCGAAUGGUGUGAGGGGACACAAAUCGAGUGAGCUCCUCGCUGCGGUGGAACAUAGAUCGCUAUUCUCAGACACUCGAAAGAAAAUUGGAAACAUCAGUUGGAGAAAUAUGAAAUCAUAUCUUUCUACGAGACUAUUGAUACCAUUGUUCCUUAUGAGUCCGCUGUUCUAAGUUUGCCUGGCAAUCGGGAGCACCCGUUCGGAAGGGCGACCAACCAUGGCGGUGUCUGCAGAUUCAACAUUGACAACCCCGUUGAUAAAGCUGAGUUCAGGGUUUUGGUAGUGAACCUAAAAAAGAUUUGCGAUCCUGUAAUGAAGAAAUUGGACGAACCCCAGCCCUUGGCUAUUGAUCCAUUGGAGAAUGACAUCGUCCAGAGUCUUCGUCGAUUUUCCGAAAACCCAAGAUACGCAUCGAUAGAAGAGGGACAUGUUGAUACAUUCGAGUGGAUUGCGAAACGCAAAGCAUACUGCGGACCAGGCUUCGUAGAUUGGCUCUCUGAUGAAGAAGGUCUAUUUUGGAUCAGCGGGAAGCCUGGGGCUGGCAAGUCGACUUUGAUGAAAUUUAUCAGUGGCAUCUCCGGGCCGCCAGAGUACAUAGGCUCAUCAUUGGGUACGGAGCCUGCGAAUGUUAUAAGUUUUUUCUUCCACGAACUAGGCAUCCCAUCGGAACGAACAUUUGUUGGAUUACUUCAUUGUCUCUUAUCACAGCUCUUGGUAGCAAUGCCAGAGGCCAUCCCAAGCCUUCAGGCUCGAUACCAGCAGCUCUAUUUACGAUCUGGAGAUGGUUCGAGAGUAUCAAGUAUGUGGACGGAGCCGGAGCUUCAAGGUACUUUUGACGACAUACUUCGGGCACAAGAAGGAAAUACCUCCUUCUUCUGUGUUGUUGAUGGACUUGAUGAAUGUGAACCGUCAAAGAUACACGACACACUGAGAUUUUUGCGCAAGUUGGCCGAACUGCCAGCCACUAGUCCGCUGAGAUUCAAAGUAUUGUGCUCCAGUCGCCCAGAAACCGCAAUCGAGAUGGGUCUUAGUAGAUACCCGUCCUUCAGAAUCCAAGAUUACACCUCUGGCGACAUCGAAAAGUUUGUCACGGAAAGCUUUGUGGCGAUAACUAGAGACCUGUUCCGUGGCGAUCCGAUUCUGGAGGUCGUUGACGACCUGCGCAACGAUAUCGUACGGAAGGCCGAAGGUGUCUUCAUAUGGGCAAGACUAGUAGUAACAGAAGCUGUGUUUGCGAUCGAGGCUGGGGACCCAAUAGCACAGGAGAGUUUCUUCAGCGAACUCCCUUUAGACCUG